UCGGGUAACAUCAAAUAUUGAAUAAACUGCAUUUGAAUCUAUUUUUCAGUUCCGCUCUUUCUUCUUCCCUUAUUCUCUUUUUCACUGUUCCCUUUCCGUCUCCGAACCCUAUCUCUCUCUCUCCUCCUCUCGCAGAUUCCACCACUUCUCUCUCUCUGUUUUAUUCUUCUUAUUGAGUUACAAUAAGAUGGAGUAUGAAGGUGGUCGCAAGAGAGCCAGAUUCGAUGCUUCUUUUAAUGGCAAUGGCGGCUUCAAGAAGUCUAGGCCAGAAAUGGAGUCCUUUACACCUGGUAUAGGAAGCAAAUCGAAGCCAUGCACAAAGUUUUUCAGUACGGCCGGGUGCCCUUUUGGUGAAGGUUGCCACUUCUUGCAUUAUGUUCCCGGCGGCUUGAAGACUGUGUCACAUUUAAUCAAUGUUGGUGGCAGCCCAGCCCUCCCUCCAUCCGCUAGAAACCCUGUAGUUCCACCAUCUUUCCCAGAUGGCUCGUCUCCCCCAGCUGUCAAGACCCGCUUGUGCAACAAGUUCAACUCAGCAGAAGGCUGUAAGUUCGGUGAAAAAUGCCAUUUUGCUCACGGAGAGUGGGAACUUGGCAAGCCAACAUUACCAUCCUACGAAGAUCACCGCGGCAGGAUGGGUGGUAGGAUGGAGCCUCCUCCUCCUUCGCACGGUCUUGCAGCCAGCUUUGGAGCAUCAUCCACAGCCAAAAUUAGUGUCGAUUCUUCACUUGCUGGAGCCAUUAUUGGGAAAAAUGGUGUGAACUCAAAACAAAUAUGUCGGGCCACAGGAGCAAAACUUUCGAUAAGAGAGCAUGAGACAGAUCCCAACUUGAGGAAUAUUGAGCUCGAGGGAACCUUCGACCAGAUUAAGCAGGCGAGUACGAUGGUUCGUGAGCUCAUCGUAAAUGUUGGAUCGUCUAUGGCUGCAAAUCACACGAAGAGCCAUCAUCAUGGUGGUGGUGGUGGUGGUGGUGGUACGGGUCACUCCUCCGGCUCAGGAAGCAAUUUUAAGACCAAAAUAUGUGAUAACUUUACCAAAGGUUCAUGCACAUUUGGGGAGAGGUGCCACUUUGCACAUGGAGCUCAUGAAUUGCGCAAGACUGGGAUAUAAUUUUUAUUGUUAUUUUUUUGGUCUUCUAUUGAUAGUGUGCCAAUCUUUUCUAGGAUAAAACUCUUGAUAUAGCAUGUAGUAUUUUUGUUUGAUUUUUUUUUUAAAUGUUCUUUGAUUGUUAAUGUCGCAGCUUUUUUUAGUUUAAAGUAGAUUUUGAUAUUCUUGAAUGAUUAAUUUGGUUUAUUUUUCUAUUCAUUCUUGUUGGUGCUUCUGCAGUUUUCUUGUA